AUGACCAUCCCCGCCGAUAUUCAGGCUGCUGAUGCAGCAGGGAGGAUUCCGGAUGGGAUCUCCCUCUCAUAUCUCGCGCAAAGCCGCGAUAAAUCCGCCCUGGUGGGCAUCAUCUUCCUCGUCUGCUUGACCGGAAUUCUCAUGAUCUUGCGUCUCUAUGCACGACUAUUCCUCGUCAAGAAGAUCGGCCUUGACGAUGCGCUAGCGAUCUUGACAAUGAUGUUCUACAUUGUCUUCGUCGUGUUGUCCAUCGUCUUGAUCAAUCUCGGAAGUGGCCGCCACAUUGAAUAUAUCCAAUAUGUCCUUUCGAUGCCGACGGUCCGUCAAACCGAAGUGCUCGACUUUGUCGCCCACAUUCUCUACACCACUGCCCUUUUCCUUUGUCGCCUCUCUGGUCUGGCCUUCUACUUCCGCAUCUCUGCGCGCUCCGGCAAGCUGCACACCAGCAUCCUGAUUGCUGCCCCGUUCCUUUUCGCCGCAUACCUCCCUCAACUCCUUCUCUUGAUCCUCCACUGUCGGCCCGUGACGGGGCUGUGGCCAUACGAAUGGCAAAUCGAGACCACCAACUACAAGUGUCUGUCAUGGGGCCUGGUCUACUCUGUCAACUCCGGCGUCUCGCUUGCGUGUGAUGUGAUGAUGUUUAUCAUUCCCACCAUCUUGAUCAAGCAACUUCACGUUUCCUUCAAGAACAAGAUCAAGCUGUCCAUGGUUAUGUUCCCCGGUGUCUUCGUAAUCGUCAUCUCCGCUGUCCGCGUCUGGCUCGUUGUUCGAGGCCAAUGGGCCGCCGACGGCAGCUGGGCCUACAACCCCAUGCUCUGCGUCGAGAACGCCGAAGUCGCCAGCACCCUAAUCGCCCUUUCCGUCCCCGCCCUCAAACCUGUCUUCGGAAGCCUGUUCGCCCACAUAACCGAAUACACCUCCAGCCACACCCACUCGCGCUCCGCAGGACGACUACGAACUCACUCCAAGCCCAUGAGCGGAGUGGGCUCGGCAGCCCGCGACGACCGACGCCUGCUGAACUGGUCCAAAAAUGGGCGUGAUGAUUACGAGAUGAUGCCGUCUGAAGUCUCGGUCAUUCGCGACUCCCCGAAUAACCCGUACAAGUCGCCUGGGAUUAAAGUGACGAACGAAAUCGAUGUUUCGCGGGGUUCGGAGAGACCGCCGUCGUCGCAACAGUCGUCGCGGCCU